AUGUCCGCUGAACCAGCCGGUACGACAAAUUUCAAAGUCGAGUCAAAGGAUGGUCAACAAUUUGAUAUCUCCUAUUUGGCCAUGAAACAUUCCAAAACACUCAAAGACCUUGCUCGUAGCGAUGGUUACGAUUCGACAAAACCAAUCAAAGUGGAAGUCGAUGAAAAAUCGUUGAAGCGGAUCGUCGAUUGGUGUCAUAAGCAUGCAGAAGAAGAUGUUUACGUGCUUGAAAUGAAAGGCCCAAAGAAUAUGGUGAUUCCACAAGGUGACGUGGGUUUUAUUCCUAUCUAUUCGGAUGAGCUAUUCAACUUCAUCGUCGCCGCCGACUAUCUGAAAACCGACAAACUUCUGGAUUACGCAAGCAAGAAGGUGGCUCUCAUGGGGUAUGGAAAGACUCCAAACGAGAUGCGAGCGAUCUAUGGAAUUCGAGAUGUAGGCGCUGAGGAGCCGAUGGUUGUGGAGGCACCUGCCGAAGACGUGGAGGCACCCGCCGAGAUCGUGGAGGCACCCGUCGAGAACGUUGUCGCUGAACAAAGACCACGGACUUUUGGAAAGAAGAAUCAGAAAAAGAAGUAG